AUGUUCUCGUCCUCAGGGUCAUACUCAUCAAACUCAUCCCAGACCAACUCAAGGUCAACAUCAUCUCACUCCUUCCUCGAUCCAUCCGGCCUCGACUUUGAUCUGCCACCAGCCCAGCCUGCCAACCCGUCCAGCCACAUCACAACCAUCCACGAAGACAGUGAGGAAGAAGAGGCGGACUAUAUCCAUAUCCACCCCUCGCGUCGUCCCAUGGCGUCCAAUUACUCCAAUAACAGCAACCAUGCCAACAGCAACGGCGACGGGCACACGAACGAACACUCGUCAUACCCGUACUCUGAAAAAUCCAAUGGAUAUCCACCUACCGCUGGAGAUUCAGCUGUCUAUGGAUUCGAUCAACAUUACCCUCAGCAGUAUCAGGCCUACCCGUUCGCAGACACGCCGCCCACCCGGUCUUUAACGUCGUCGCCUUCGUUACCUGCCUCACCGUACUACUCGCCAGGACAACAACCACCACAACAACAACCUCCAACACGGUAUCAAUACCCGCGCACUCGGUCAGGACCGCUCAAUGGCAAUGGAUCGGCAGCCGGACUGCCUCUUUAUGCUUCACGUACGCAGCGGAUGAGGAACGGUCAAAGCACAUCAUUGGAUCACAGCGGGAAACCUAUCUUCAGAGGACCCCAGCCACGGAUCAGCUCAGGAGGAAUUGGUGGACUUAGCAGCAGCGACUCAGAUGACGAUGAGGACUUUUUUGUUGGAGGUCAAGGAGGAGCAGGACGCGGUGGACUCAGCAAGCGAUUCUCAGUCUUCAAGAAUCGUCGAGGCCGACCCUGGUACAAGAGUCGGGAACUGCACAUCGUUCUCGGUAUCUGUGUGCUCUCGUUGAUCGUGAGAUUGUGGCACAUUGGAUACCCUACCUCUGUCGUAUUUGAUGAGGUUCACUUUGGAGGAUUCGCUUCCAAGUAUAUCCGGGGUCGCUUCUUCAUGGAUGUUCACCCACCACUAGCAAAGAUGCUCAUUGCCGUGACAGGAUGGAUUUUCGGACUGGAUCCAAGUUUCGACUUCAAGGAGAUUGGGCUGGACUAUCUGGCGCCCAAGGUCCCAUAUGUCGCAAUGAGAAUGCUGUGUGGUCUUAUGGGUGUUGCCGUGGUUCCCAUGGCAUUCUACACCAUCAAGAACUCAGGCCACUCUUUACAUGCCUCCAUCCUUGCUGCGGUCCUUGUCCUCUUUGAAAACAGCAUUGUCACGCAGAGUCGCCUUAUUCUUCUGGACUCGCCCUUGAUCUUCUUCACCGCAUUCACAGUACUCGCAUGGACCAACUUUCACAACCAACGAAAAGACCCCUUCUCGGACGAUUGGUUUCUGUGGCUGUUCCUCACGGGCCUUGGAUUGGGAUUGGCGGGAAGUGUCAAGUGGGUGGGGCUCUUUAUUAUCGCCACCAUCGGAACUUCAACCAUCAACCAACUCUGGGUGCUGUGGGGCGAUCUCAAGAUUUCACCCCGUGUCUGGUUCAACCACUUCUUGGCUCGCGCAGUCUGCCUCAUUGCGGUCCCCCUGGUGAUCUACAUGUUUAUGUUUGAGAUCCAUUUCUUGUUGCUGGCCAACAGUGGCGAUGGUGAUGGUUUUAUGAGCGCUCCCUUCCAGAUGACGCUUGGUGUGGCCUAUGGAGCGACUGUCUCGAUUCGUCACUUGGGAACUCAGGGAGGAUACCUUCACUCGCACCCUUCGAACUACGAGACUGGAAGCAAACAGCAACAAAUCACACUCUACCCACACAAGGAUACUAACAACGACUGGAUCCUUCAAAGGCAAGACGGAACCGUGCCCGACAAACUGGAAUACAUCAAGAGCGGGGACAUCAUCCGCCUGAAGCACGUCACAACCUUCAAGCGCCUCCACUCCCACAAUAACAAGGCGCCCGUGACAGAGGACGAGAACCAUUUCGAGGUCAGCGCGUACGGUGGCACCGACGAAUUUCCGGGAGACUCGAACGAUGAGUGGAAGCUGGAGAUUCUGGAUUACGAGGGCAAGGAUAAGGCCUCAGGUCAAAACCUACACACGCUGCGGUCGAUUUUUAAGCUGUCGCAUCCCAACAUGGCCUGCGACCUCUUCUCGCACAGCGUCAAGCUACCCAAGUGGGCUUUUGAGCAACAGGAAGUCACUUGCAUGCGGAGCGCUUCUCGGGCCAAGGUCACCUUUAUGGUCGAGUCCAACGCCUACAGCGCCUACCCAGCAAAUGCGCCAAUGGUGAACUACAGGAAGCCCGGAUUCAUCGGCAAGUUCCUGGAGCUCAACAAGGUCAUGUGGACUACCAACGCAGGAUUGACAGCCUCGCACCCUUACGACUCGCGGCCAUCGUCCUGGAUCUGGUUGAGACGCGGUAUCAGCUUCUGGGGCAAGGACCAGAAGCAUAUUUACCUGAUUGGAAACUGGUUCACCUGGUAUAUGUCGAGUUUCUCGAUCGUCCUCUAUGCGGCCAUUCGUGUCCUCCUUGUCAUUCGUGACAAGCGCGGCUAUCGCGAUAACUUCCGAGGUCUGCGCGAGUACUACGAGUUGUCAGGAGGAUUCUUCUUUAUGGCAUGGUGCUAUCACUACCUCCCCUUCUUCCUCAUGGGCCGCCAACUCUUCCUCCACCACUAUCUCCCCGCCCUCUAUUUCGCGAUCCUCAUGCUCUGUGUCACUUUUGACCUCGCCUGCCGGUUCAUCCCCAUCCGCUUCCGACUUGCCGCCCUGAUUGUCGUCUCCUUAAUGGCCAUCUUGGUCUUCCGAACCAGGGCCCCCCUGGCUUAUGGAUCUGAAUGGACGAGGUCUCAGUGCGAGGCAUCUAAGGUCUUGAAGACUUGGGAUUAUGAUUGUUAUCAGUACCCCGAGUCAUAUGCUUCUUAUAGGGGUCCGAAGGAUGAUAGCCAUAUGUUUGGGCGGAUCGUUCAUCCGAGCUCAGCGCCAGUUCCGGCGCCUGCGGUGCCGGUUGUUGCGGGUGGUGUUGGGGAAGAUCCUAAGAAUGAUAAGCCGCAUGAUUUCUUGGAGAAUUUGUUCCCGCAUGCUCCGUCCCCUGCUGCGGCUGUGGUUCCUGAUGAAGUCGCGGCAGUAGGAGGGUCGAAGGCGGAUUCUGGGAUGGAGAAUAUUCAGCUUGGGAACCAUCCCAACUAUCAGGCAGGCAAAGAUCAUGCUAAGGCUGGAGCAGUCGUGAGUCCAAAAAAGCAGGAUCCGGUAGCACCAGCAGCACCAUCACCGCCGAACCUAGGGUCUAUCCGACAUGCCGCCGCUGCCGCCGCCAAGGCCGCUGCCGCAGGAGCAGGAGCAGAAGCACCACCACCCCUAAUUAUUGAAGAGCACAUCGGAGAAGGAGGCGACGACUCUGGCGCCGAGGAUAUCGAAGAUGUCCCAGAUGUAGAAGACGGCGAGGAAGAAGGGGUGUUGGAGGAAGGAGACGAAGGGUUUAAUGACCCUGGUGCUGAAGAAAAAGCAGAGGCUGAGGCUGUUGAGGACGAGUUCUUAGACACAAAGAGCGAACUCGCGGCAGCCGCUGCUGCAGAGGCCGCUGCGGACAAGAAGGAUGAUGACCAGGAGGCGGAUCGGCGCCAUGCUUUGUAG